AUGAAAGACAAUCUAACAGCUGGCCGCAACCGGGAGCCCCAUGAGGCGACGUACAAUUGGCCCAGCUUCGUCCGGGUUAGGGGAGGGUUUGACCGGCCGGAUCGUCCUUGUCCCAUCGCGCUCCAGCGACUCCUGUGGCGGGCCCGGCGCAUGCAAGCUGACACAGUCGCCAGGUGGAGACUGCAUGAACUGCAAGACAACUAUAAGAGACUGCAGAAUGAGAGCCACAACAUAACAGUCCAGAAAGAGUUGUUAUCCUCAGGGCUUCAAGACUGUGAGGCCAACCUGACUAGGGUCAAAGAUCUCCUGCCAACCAUCCAAGGGAAUCAGAAGGAAUGUAAUGCUGAUAGGAAGCCAUGUUCUCCUGGCUGGGAGUUCUACAAUGGAUCAUGUUACUACUUCUCUAAAGACAAACUGACCUGGGAACAGAGUCAGUACGCCUGCAUCCGCGAUGGAGGACACCUGGUCAUCAUAGAGAGUAGUCAGGAGCAGGAGUUUAUAAAACAGAGAGUGGUAACACUGGGAAUUGAUCCUUAUGAACACAGCCCCUGGAUAGGACUGACAGAUGAGAAGCAAGAGAAAGUGUGGGUCUGGAUGGACAAUACAACUCUUAAUGAGAACAUCAAGUACUGGGACUCCAACGAACCAAAUAACCGUGGGCCUAAAGGUGAAAUAGAAAACUGUGUCCGAAUUGGUCAACACUGUUACAGAGAUAACAAUUGUUGGUUUGACUUUCCAUGUGCCGAACCAUCUAAGAGAAUCUGUGAGAGUCGUUCAGUCUGUGAAAGUCAGGCAGCCUCUCCAUAGUAUUGCAAAAUGUAGUGUAUUGAAUGAGUAACCAGCACAAGACACCUCAUUUUUGGGUAGUAUGUAGGACCAGUUGCCUAGACACAGAUUAAACCUAGUCCUGGACUAUGAAGCAUAUUCAAUGGAGAUUCCCCAUUUAGAGUGUUUUUAGUCCAGGACUAGGUUUAAUCUGUGUCCAGGAAACUGAGCCAUAAUGUAUCAUUUUGGUUAAUGCAGAGUACUAGCUUCAGAGCUUUUUGUUUGUCUGAAUUCGUGGGUUUUACACACCAGCCAAGCUUCUGGGAGAGCACCAUUGUUACCUUUUGAUUAGUUCCUCCACAUAGCCAGCUGGAUGUGACAGAUCCUGCUAAAUUGAAUUGAACUUUUCUAUUC